AAGAGUUUCAGUUCUCUUGAGACUUUUCAAAAUGAUCCGUCAAGUUUGCCUUAUCGCACUUCUUUGUGUUGCUGGAGUCUUCUCCAGGACCAUCGAAGACAAUGUUGAUGAUUCUGACUGGUAUGCCAAUUGGGAAGGCUUCAUUGUUGGUGGUCAGAAUGCUGCAGCUGGACAGUUCCCCCACUCAGUUUCUUUGAGAUCCACUGCCAACAGCCACUUCUGUGGAGCUUUCGUCGUGAAUAACAGAUGGGUUGUCUCAGCUGCUCACUGCACCAUCAACCGUAGUCCUGGAAAUACCAGGAUUAUCGUUGGUGCUCUUCAGCUCAGUUCUGGUGGAACCAAUAUGGCCACAGCCCGUAUUGAGAACCAUCCUAACUACCAUGGACCUAGUCUGGCCAAUGAUGUCUGUGCCCUUCAGACUUCUGCUAACAUCGCAUUCUCCAAUACUGUACAACCUCUUAGCAUGGGAUCUACGCACAUUGGUGGAGGAGCCCAAGCUACCGCUGCCGGUUGGGGACGCAUUGGACACAAUCUGCCCCUUGCUAACACCCUUCAGUGGCUCAAUGUCCAGACUCUUACCAAUGCGGACUGCCGCAACCGUCAUAGCGCUGGAAAUGCUGCCCGUGUCCAUGACAAUACCAUCUGUACAUUCACUCGCCAAGGUGAAGGUAUGUGCAACGGAGACUCUGGAUCUGCUCUCUUCAUUGGAAGCAGCGCUAUUGGUAUCGUUUCCUGGGGUAUUCCAUGUGCUCAAGGCUUCCCCGAUAACUUCGCUCGUGUGUCUUCUCACCGCAACUGGCUUAUCAGCCAUACCGGAUAAGCUGCUGGCUUGAAUGGCUCAUUUUUGUUAAACAUCGUCUCUACAAUAAAUACUAUAUCUUCAUUAAA